GGAAGGGUACGGGUCCCGACCCAUCGAAGGGUAGGGCCUAUGCCCCUGUCAGCCCAUCUAUUCUGGCCGAAGUAUAAGCUGUCAUUCCUGUCAACUGCUAUGCCGAACACGAGACAGAAGCGGGACUGCGGGAGUUGGGAAGCCAUCUCUGCGCAGCAACAGCCAAGUGAGCAACCCAAGUACCCAACGACGACGGACGAGUACGACGCGUCGGGCAACUUGCCAACGGCGAGUCGGCCACCCCUUCGGCAGUUCGGCCCUUCUUCCGGCUUACUCUCAAGUCCCAUAUCCAUCUCGCAGGUUGAAGCCUUUGAAAAUUCAACACUGCCCAGACCAAGUGCCUGAGACCAAUCUCAGGAAACAAAGCUCUUGGAGAGUACAACAGGCAGCUAGAAGUCUGCCACAGCAGAAAGUUACUGAGCCGAGUUUCACCCGAGGUCCGCACCAAAAUAUCCACCUCCGGCGCUAACCCCAUGUGCAUAUGCUUCUCCAGAUCGACCAGCGCAAAACCACGUUCCGCCACCGCCUCCUCCGACAUCACUGCCUCCUCCGACAUCACCGCCCCACCAUUCCCGCUGCGCUGCCAUCGUCUGUGAUGAACUUCCGAAACCUUCAACCUUCCCCUCUUGUCUCUGCAGCACACUUGGGCUGCGUGAAGCAUCUCGUCUGUGGAGGUGUAGGCGACGCAGAUGAGGAGGACGAUGCUGGAGUUGGCUCGGGUUGCGUCCAUUGCCAUUUCGGCAGAAGCCCUGAGCCGCUUGUCCAGUAACCUCAGGUUGCCGAUGAAGACGACUCUCACUCCGUACUGGUUCAGGGCAGCCUCGUACCUCAGUAAUCCCUCCACUUUGUUCAGCAUCAAAUCCAUCAAACAUUGGACCUCAUCUGGUCUCCGCUUAAAGUUGUCUAUGCUGAAUGCGUAUAUCGUCACGUAUUUCACUCCCAGUUCAUGGCAGUACCUGAAAGUCUAAGCUAUGAAUGCUUAAAAUACGUAGUACUACCUCCGUUCCGAAAAGCGGAUAGCUGGAGAGAUGUUUACCCUUCUAACACAAGCAAAAGGAUCAUGAAAAGGGGUUGAAGAGUUUCUUUCAGAUCAAGUGUGUACUCCCUCCAUGCGGAUGAAGGCGAUGUGAUGGGGAAUCUCACCUAUGGAUAGAACACGGAAGAUGAUGCCUCUUAUGUAUCUAAAUAAACUCCCGAAGAACCACCCGGCUAAGUUUUGGGUUCUUGCAUCCAUUUUCAUGCCUGCCUUAAAGUGAUGAGGAAGUUGCUGAUUAAGAGUGUAAUAAGUUUGGGAUUUGAAGUAAUCAAUCAUACGUACUCCAUGGGAACGGGUUUUUGGCAGGUAAUGUGUAACUUAUGUAUCCUAGUUUGUUAAUCACUGCAGUAUGAUGACAUAUCUACCAAGUUGGAGGUAUUGCCCCCAUUGGGUCUAUUCUAGGGAUUAUUCCGAGUUUGUCUGGACUCGACCCGUAUUGUACUGAGUUUGGGUUUUUAAUUUUUAAUUAAAAAAAUUAACUUUUUUAUAAUAAAA